AUGAUACCUUUUUAUUUUUUCUUUUUUCUUUUGGCUUUUAUAUGUAUAAAAAAAUCAGAUGAGAAGAAAAUAGGUGAGCAGUAUGAAUACAUAAAUUUGUUAUCGGAUAAGGAAUACCGUAACAAAUUACUGGCUCUGAGGAAAAGAACAUUUAAUACAAAAAACACCAAGAUAAAUAAUAAUAAUAAUAAUAAUAAUAAUAAUAAUAAUAAUAAUAAUAGUAAUAGUAAUAGUAAUAGUUAUAGUAAUAAUGUCAAUGAUAUAUAUAAUAAGAAAAAUUAUGUUUUUUGCUUCUAUGGAGCUUGUGGAUAUGACAAAAGAAAUGUUCUAGAAAAAAUAUUUCAUAUAAUAUUAGAAGAGGAUCAACUAGUUAAUUUAGGAUAUAAUCAAAGAUUAGGCAUAUGGUUUGGUAAGGAUAAGGAUGAGAAUUUAAAUAUGAUCCUUGAUAUCGAUUUAUUAGAAAAUAAGGAAUUUAUUGAGAAGAAUAAUGAAACCAUAUAUAAUUAUGAAAAGUUAAUUGAAACGAUCUUAAGAACAACAAAUACUAUUAUAAUCCCGUUAUCAUAUGAAGACAUACAAUGUAUACCUCAUGUAUCAAAUAAAAAUAAUAAAAUUAUUGAUGGAAAAAAUAAAAAAUAUAAUAAUUUAAAAUAUAAACUUCCUAUUAAAAUGGAAUUAUUUUUAAACGAAUUAAAUCGUAAAAUAGAAGAAGAAGAAGAAGAAGAAGAAGAAAAAAAAAAAAAUGAGACUGAUUAUUUGAAUGGUAAACAUAUAUUAGGUAAAAAGAAAAAUAAUAUAUAUUUUAUUUUUCUUAAUAAUGAGAAAGAGAAUAAAAGAAAUUAUACAUAUAAUAAUAAUUUUAUAGAAGAAAUAAAAUUAAGAUAUAAUAAUUUAAAUUUUUAUUUUAUGAAUGAAAAGGAAAUAAAUUUAUCUUUAUUAAAAUCUAAUAAUUUAAGUGAAUGUAUUACAUUAAUAGAUAAUAUAGAACAUGCUCUUAAAGAUAUGAAUACUUUUAAGAAUUUUUCAGACUUUAAUAAAACAUGUGUAUAUAACACAUAUGUUAUAGAAGAAUCAUAUAUCAAAACAUUAAAUUAUUUUGAUAAAUACUUUUAUACAUAUGAAAAAAAUAUUACCAUGGGAAAAAUCAUAAAUAAAUAUAAUAUAUUAUCUAAUGAACUUAUAAAAAAUUCUCUUCUUUUAUUUAAUUUAUUAACUCUUGAACAAAGUGGUACAAAAUUUAAACAAAUAAUUUUUGCAAAAUUGAAAAAUAGAUUUCAAAUGUCUAUACGUAGACAAAUAUUAAAACAAUUAUUAUUAUUAGAAAAGAAAUAUAUAGAAAAAGGAAAAGAUAUUAUAUUAAAUAAAUAUUAUAUUAAAAAUGAUAAGGAAUUAAUAGAUAAUGAACCGAAUCAAUUAGAUAUAUUAAAAAAAACUUUAAAUAGUCAGAUAAAACAAGAUAUACAAUCAUUAAUACAUAAACAAUUUUAUAAUGAACCACAUUUUAAUAAUACAAUAAAUCAAUUUAUUUAUCAACUUGAGGAUAAAUUAGAUCAUACAUUAAAUAAUUAUUAUGAAUUAAAUAAAAGCCCUUUUAAAAAAAUAUUUGAAAAAAAAAAAAAUAACCAAAUUAAUCAAAAGAAAAAAAAAACAUCUAUAUUCCCAUCAAUUAACAUGAACUUAACCUUAACAUCACUUAUAAGAAAAAGUGGACUCGGAAAUUUACAAAGCUAUUUUGUAUAUGAUCUAGGAUUCUUAACAUUUGUAUUUGGAUUACUCAACGAUAGGGAUACACCAGAAGUGCAGCAGCAAGGAGCACAUGUCCCAUUCUUUAAAUUCCAGCCAAAAAUUAAUUUAAAAUUAAAUUUUAAGUAA